UCAGAGAUUACGCUUAUAGAUUAAGGUUUUACUGAAUCCUGAAAUGAGUGCAAAUUCCCAGAAGCAACCAGAUCUCUUUGGGUUCAGCUGGAUGGGGGAAGAGGCAUUUCCCACCCCGUCCUCCCCAUGUGCAGGAAAGACGGAGCCCAAAUGCACACCCCAGCUUGUCUGCUGAGAACCUCCAGCGAGGGUGCGUGAUAGCGAGGGAGGGGGCGGUGGCGCUGAUGUGGCACGGGGUAAGUGAAGGAGCACCUCUCCUGCCCGAGGGAUGAGCGGGCACUUCCUCCUCUGCCCCGGGGAGUCCCGGCGGGGCGUGCGGGGCCGAGGCGUGACGUGGCAGCCGCUGAGGUAACUCUGGCUGCUCCUACACUGGAGAACCAUCCUGGAGGUUUUCCUGCUGGUCCUGCCUUGAGCUUCCCAGCCUCGCCGCUGGAGAUGAUGAUUCCCACGCAGCCGGGACGCCGAGGUCAGCCUGCUCAGCCAUGAACGCCUCUGUGCCUGGCAGCCAGCUGAGACAGCCUGAGCCCCAGGAUCCAGCUGCCUUCACUCCCAUCUCUGUUGUCAGGAGCGUGACAAAGAAAUCUGAUGCUCUGCCCACGAUCUCCAUGAUUGUUGUCAUCUUUGUCCUCUUGGCCAUAUUCAUCAUUGUCGUGGUGCACUACGGCCCCCACCUCCGCACUGUCCAGAUCACCCUUUACCAUGAGCCCAUGCCGCAGGACCUGAACGAUGGGGUGCACCUCAUGGACUGGAAGAAGCUGGGCUCCCAGAAGAAGCUGCCUGCCCAGCCCUGCCUGCGGGAGCUGGGUGGUGUGGACGCGGCUGGCAUGAGCUGCCAGUGCUCAUGCAAGCAUCAGCUUCCCCGUGGGAGUGCUGAGCCCAAUGUCAUCGAGAUCACAUACCUGUGACAAGGCUGUGGGCCACCUGGGCAGGACUCCAGGGACAAUAUCCCGCUGGAAAGAUAGUGACUGGGAUGUUAGCUUAGCCUGAGACUCACCAGUUCCCACACGUGGAGGUUUUAGCCCCCUGGGAUUGUGUCUCUUCCCAGGUGGGCUUGGGUAGAAGGUUGUGUCACUGCAGUGACCCAUCAUUAGCCCCCAGAGGUCCAUCCCAGGUGCACCACUGUCCCCAGGCAAGAGCUGGGUCCCCAGCCCAGGCACUGGGGCUGGGUCAGCCUACGUGGGACAGCAUUAGCAUUUCUUUUAUUUUGUCUCGCCCUGGUUUUACCUGUCCCACACUGUCUGGGAGUGCCCAGGAGAGCUGUCUUGGUCCUUGCCCCAGCUGCAGAGCUCUGGGCGUAUGCUCAACCCCUUAGCAGGAGCUGGACGUUACAUCAUCUGGAAUUGCUUUCCAGAUUAAAGGUGUCUCCACAUGCAUAGUGUCCUCAUUAUGCCAUUUCUAUGGCACAGAAAAGCCUCCAGCCCCUUUUCCUCCAUGUCACAGCCCCUUUCUCUCCGUUGGAGGGCCAUAACGCUGUCCUCCCUCCUGCCAGCCCUGGCCCUGUGCUCAGCCUGUCCUGCAAGCAGGCAGAGGAGAGGAGGCAGCACCUGAACCCGUGUAGGUCUUUCAGUGGUGGAGCCAGCAGCACAGGACAUGUCCAGUGCCCCAGUGCAGGUGGGUGAGAGAAGAGAGGUGACAUGGCAGAGGCAGGAGAGGUCAUAAUGGCACAUCAGCCACCCCUUGCGGUUGGCUGAACAUCUCAAGGUGUUGGCACUGGAGAAAUGCAUGCAUCUGGGCAGAGCCUGCAGCGUCCCCAUGCACAAUGGCAGGGGUGGGGAGACCUGCGGUCAUCUUCACUGCAGUCAUCUUCACUGUCCCCAUCUCUGUCUGUGGUCCCUGUGCCAAGAGAAGCUCUGCUCGGGGACCUGGGUACUUGGGUGAUCCCAGUGCUGGAAGCAGCAGGGGAUGUCCCAGCUGAGGAGGGAGCGAUGGUGAGGUUGGCGUGGCCAGCCCCGUUGGGAUGGACGCUGAUGUGGAUCGGUCACCCUGGGCAAGCUUGUUGAGGUGGCACAGAGGGAGCAGAUGGAGGGGUAAACCAUCAUCCUCAACCCCAUAAGGCUCCUGGUGGGAGCAGGCUGUGGUGACCUGCUCAGCCCUGGGAGUCUUUCUGCUGCCAGAAAUGCUGGCCACCUCUUUGAAGAAGAAAUUGGUCUCAGUUUCUCCUCACUUGGUGGAAGCUGAAUAUCAAAGCCGGUCUUCAGUGCGUGGGCUCGGAGGACAGUCACUGGAGGAGCACAGCCUCUGGGAUCACCCUCAAGGAUUUAUUCUGCUGGAUAGUCCCAGGAGUCAAAACACAGUUCCUGCCUCACCCCUCCACAUCCCAGAACAGGAAAGCCAGAUCUGUGUCCAUCCUAAGCUGCAUCCCUGGCACGGAUCCCUCUGUGCACUGUUGGACAAGAAAAGGAUCCUUCACCUGUUCCUCCGGGCACUGGAGGUAUUUCUGACAUGGCAGAGGUUCCAGCAUCCUUUGUCUCACUUAUUUCCAGCUUCUUUUCUCACUUACUUACUUUAAAGCUAAGUAGUGGUUGGACUUGCUGGAAAAUUUUGGUCUUUACA